AUGGCGAUUAUGAACUCCUGGGUGGUUGAGAAUAUGGACAAUGGCUUUGACGGCCUUGUCUACAGAGAUAGCCCGGUGCCGAAGGUGGGAGAGACCGAAGUGUUGGUGAAGCUGCAUGCCGCAUCGCUGAACUAUCGAGACUUGAUCAUUCCCAAGGGAAUGUACCCUUUCCCGACUCAACUUCCCAUUGUCCCUGGAUCUGAUGGCGCCGGUGAGGUUGUGGAAGUUGGAAACAAGGUGAUGGAGUUCAAAAAGGGCGACCAGGUCACAACAGUCUUUAACCAAGGCCAUCAGUAUGGUUCAAUUGAUGUUCCAGCGACACAGACUGGUUUGGGUGGUGUGAUCGACGGUUCGUUACGUCAGUACGGUGUCUUUCAGCAAACUGGCCUGGUCAAGUCUGCGAAGAACCUCUCUGCAGUUGAGAACAGUACUCUUCCCUGUGCUGCAGUGACAAGUUGGAACGCUCUUUAUGGCCUGAAGCCGUUGAAGCCUGGUCAAGUCGUUGUGGUACAAGGCACUGGCGGUGUCAGCUUAUUUGCUCUGCAAUUUGCUAAGGCAGCCGGAGCGACCGUGAUUGCAACUACAUCAUCUGCGCAGAAGGCCGAGAAGCUAAAGAAGCUGGGUGCCGACCACAUUAUAAACUACAAGGAGGAUCCCAACUGGGGAGAGACUGCCAAGAAGCUGACCCCAGGCGGUGCGGGUGUGGAUCAUAUCAUUGAGGUUGGUGGUUCCGGCACGCUGGCGCAGAGCUUCAAGGCCAUCAAAUUUGAAGGCGUGAUUAGUGUCAUUGGAUUCCUCGGAGGUGUCGACCCGACGACUCAGCCCAGUAUCCUUGAUACUCUGGGUCAUAUUUGCACUGUUCGCGGUGUGUAUGUCGGUAGCAGAGCUAUCAUGAAGGACAUGAUUCUUGCUAUUGAAGCCAAUGAUAUUCAUCCUGUUGUGGAUGAGAAGGUGUUUAGCCUUGACCAGACCCGGGAGGCCUAUGACUACAUGUGGGAUCAAAAACACUUUGGAAAACUUGCCAUCAAAAUUCAUUGA